CCGUCCAACAGGGUCCCCGGGGUCUUCGUCUCGCCCCGCCCCUCGCCCGUCGCGUCCCGUCCCCCGCCGCGGGAUCGGCUCUCAUUGGCCUUUGGUCGCCCUAGUAACUGGACAGCAACGGUGAGCUGGGGCCGCGGGAGAGGCCGGGCCGCACAGCAGGAGGAGAGCGUGGCCGGCCAGGGCCCGGAGGUGCGCGGUCCGCGGUUGCGCGCGCCCAGCGGUGACCCAGUGCUGACCUUGAGGCUCACCUCGGGAUCCCACGGCAGCUCCGACGGGGAGCCCAGGUGUCUAUGGGCAUGACCAGCCGGACCACCCGCUCCGAGGAAAGCGAGCUCUUCCAGGAGGGAGUCGUUGAAUGGGAGCUCAGCCGACUGCAGUGGCAAUGCAAGGUGAUGGAGAGGGAGCGGCGGGCCUACAGCAAAGAGGUUCACCAGCGUCUUAACAAGCAGCUUGGGGAGAUCAGACAGCUGGAGGAGUUUCACAGCAAUCUCCAGCAGCAGAUCAGAGUGGCCGAGAACCAGGUCAGGCGGCUGGGAGACAGGAAGAAUCUGGAUGACUUGGGUCGCCUACUCAAGUGCAGGGCCCAGGUGCAGGUGGAGGUGGAGAUGGUGCAAGAGCAGAUCCGGGCCCUGGACCAGCAGGAGAUCCAUCUACUGCGGCAGAUGGUCAGCACCCUCAGCGUGUCCUCUACCACCGCCUAUGUCACCAGGUUCUCCUGGAAGAAAGAAUGAGCAAAAUGAAUAUUGAAGUUCACCAUGGAUGACACCACCCCCACUCCCCUGAAAACCAACAGCAACCUUGCAUUUAUAGACUCAGGUGUUAGGCACACCUAUCUGUGUAUGAUAACAAGUAUUCUGUCCCCUACCAAUCCAACCACCCACCAAAAUCUCUGACUGGAGUAACCGAUGAAGUAUUUUCUCUGACAAGACAAGCCUGUAAGGACUUGAAAUGAUUUCCAUUUUGAAUGCAUGGCCAUACAUACAAAGGGGCUUAAACAAUCAAGGACAUGUGCUAUCUUCUAGUUAUUGAUACUGAUGGAAGAGUGAUUUAUGAGCUGCUUGAGAUUUCAAGCAAGUGUCUUUAACAGCUCAGCCAUCUCAUUAGCCCCUUCUUAAGAUUUCAAAACAGGGCUGGAGUGUUGGCUCACCUGUUUAAUGCACUUCCCUUGCAAGGAUAAGGGCCUGAGGGAGCCCAAGUUCAAAUCUCCAGAUAGAUCCAAUUGCUGGACAUGUCCACACUGUACCUGUAACCUCAUCCCACAAAGGAGAGCAGAGACCAAAGAUCACUCAGUCUCAUGAAAAACAACAAUCUCUGGUAUCAGUAAGAUAUUCUGGCUAAAAUAAAAAUGGGCAGGAGAACAAUGGAGCCAGUCACCCAAUGUUCUGCUCAGAGCACAAGGCAAGUUGCAGCAAGAGCACAUACACAUGCAUAUACCACACAUCAAACGCACACACACACACACGCACACACACACACACAGUCCAGUGAGUUAAAAGGGAACACAGAAAAGUGAACAGAUCAGGAAACUAAUCCAUGAACAAAAAUAAUAAGUUACACAUACACACACAGAUAUAUAAACCAUUGAAAUACCAAAGUAGAAGUUCGAAAGCUGAUAAAUGA